GAACAAGGCAAAGGUAGUACGGACGAGAAGCCAAACUUGUCUACCGAAGAAGAUAUCAUUUUAAGCACUGGGGGAAAAUUGUAUCCGGCAUUACCUGCUGAUGAAUAUGAAAGUGGUGCCGUGGAAGAACUGGUGGAAGAUGUUUGCACUGUUGUCAACGUCAACGCAGUGCUAGGCGAGACCCGUCCAUCGUCAUUCGGUCCAGUGACAUACCAGGAUUUCAAGGACAUCAGGUCGCGGUGCUUAGCUGAAGGCAGACUGUUUGAAGACCCUGAAUUCCCGGCUGUGGACCGCAGUCUCUUCUAUAAGGAGACAUUGGAUAAGCCCAUCACCUGGCUUAGACCUGGGGAAAUCAGCGACAAUCCGCAAUUAUUCGUGGAAGGCUACAGUCGCUUCGAUGUACAGCAAAGAGAGCUGGGCGACUGUUGGCUACUGGCCGCCUUCGCCAAUCUUACACUUCACAGAAAAUUGUUCUUCCAAGUGGUUCCAGACGACCAAAGCUUUGAUGAGGAAUACGCUGGUGUAUUCCAUUUCCGGUUCUGGCAGUACGGCAGAUGGGUGGACGUGGUGAUCGACGAUCGUCUGCCGACCUACUGCGGCAAGUUGGUGUUUCUUGCCUCAUCAGAGAACAACGAAUUCUGGAGUGCUUUACUGGAGAAAGCAUACGCUAAACUUCAUGGGUCUUACGAAGCCUUAGUUGGUGGUUCCCCAUGCGAAGCUUUGGAAGAUUUCACGGGUGGUGUACCUGAAAUAUACGAUGUAGCAGAACUACCGCCUAACUUCUACACUAUACUACUGCAGGCAUACGAGAGGAACUCGCUCAUGGGAUGUACUACAGAGCCGGAUCCACACGAUUUGUCAGGAAACGAAAACCCUGAAACCCCUGAGGGUUUGAUCCGUGGUCACGCUUACUCUAUCACCCGGGUUAAGUAUGUCGACAUCGAGAUUCCCGGACUAUCAGAGAAGAUACCGCUUCUGCGACUAAGGAACCCAUGGGGCAACGAGGCCGAGUGGAAUGGACCAUGGAGCGAUAAAUCACCGGAAUGGCAUUUAAUACCGGAAUCAAAGAAGGAAGAGUUAGGUCUCACAUUCGACGAUGACGGUGAAUUCUGGAUGUCCUUCAAAGAUUUCACUCAACACUUCGACAGAGUGGAGAUUUGUAACUUGAGCCCUGAUUCUCUGGAUCCAGAAGAGUGUCCUGAAGGAUGCACCAAGAAAUGGGAGAUGUCCGUCUUCGAAGGAGAAUGGGUUAGAGGUGUGACGGCGGGCGGAUGUGGGAACUAUUUGGAAACAUUCUGGACGAAUCCGCAGUAUACAGUAACACUCACGGAUGUGGACGAAGGAGACGAUGACAACAAGUGUACAAUCAUCAUAGCGUUGAUGCAGAAGAACCGUCGUUCCCAACGUCAUCAAGGUCUGGAAGACCUGAGUAUUGGUUUCGAGGUGUACCGCUUGCCCGAAUACGGACGAGUGCCGAAACCUCUAGAUGUUAACUUCUUCAAAAACAACAUGUCCGUUGGGGGAUCGCAGUCGUUCAUUAAUGUGAGAGAAGUCAGCGCCAGGUUUAAAUUCGAGCCGGGCAGGUACGUGAUAGUGCCUUCUACGUACGAGCCGAAUGAAGAGGGAGAGUUCUUAAUACGCGUGUUCUCUGAGAAAUGCAAUAAUAUGGCGGAAAAUGAUGAAGAUAUCGGCAUGGGAGACGUCGAUGACAGAGUGAAAGAAAUAACUCCAAACCCGGAACCUUCUGAUCCGGUGCGUGAUUUCUUCAAUCGUCUGGCCGGCGACAACGGACAAGUGGACUGGCAGGAACUGAAGGAGAUACUCGACUACGCCAUGAGGGAGGAAUUGAAAGAAGAGGGCUUUUCGAAGGACGUAUGCAGAAGUAUGAUCGCUAUGUUGGACAAAGUUGGCGGACUCGGCUUUGAGGAGUUUAAGACCCUGUGGAUUGAUUUACGUAACUGGAGGGCCGUGUUCUGUCUGUACGACACGGAGGGUCGCGGCGGUAUACCCACUUACCACCUGAGGGACGCGUUACGCUCCGGCGGGUACACGGUCAACGCGCCCAUGCUCAACGUACUAGCUCACAGAUACGGCUCCUCUGACGGCUACAUACAGUUCGACGAUUUCACAAUGUGCGCAGUGCGACUCAAAACCAUGUGCGAUACUCUCAAACAACUAUCGUCGGGAGGCGAGUACGCUACGUUUUCGCUGAAAGAAUGGCUGAAUCGCAUAGUGUAUUGAUAG